AUGGCUUCUGCUUCUAAGGAUGAGGAUGAUGGUGAUGGUGAUGACGAUGAUGCUUCGAAUGAUGCUGAUGAAGAUGCUAGCUCUACCGAUGAGAUGCCAAGGGUUCCCGACUGGAAUCUGGAGCUAGUGCUAGACGAUGCCCCCCUCCCCUUGGACGCUUCUAUAAAGGACUUUUCUAAGGGGAGGGCCAACAAUGUGGCCAAUGCUAUAGAGAAAGCACUCCUUCUCCCCAGAGAGAUGACCGAGUUGAGGAACCGUAAGAAGCACGAGGUGUUCCUAUCUUUGAAAAGGGACUUAGCACUAGCUGUUCAAGCCUCCUAUGUCACAAAGGAAUGGGUGGAUUAUGCCAUGGCUUAUGUCAAAGAGGAGGAGUCAAAAAGCUUCGCGGCCAAUAAGGCUCAAGCUCAAGCUGAGAAGAAAGCCAAGGAGACCCUCAACCAACUGACCAAGAGCAAGAAGGCUAAGAAAAGCACUGAGGUGGAGGAGCAAUUGGCUAUUGCUAAGGAAAACAUCGAGGCCCUGAAGAAAGAGCUGGAGGGAAAAAAGGAAGAAAUGGAGAAGGCCGAGCAAGCAGCCAAUGAGCUUGAGCAAACAAAAUCAGAGGCAGAGCUUUAG